AUGUCGGCACAGCCGCAGACUGAACUUUCCCCGCAGAUUUCUCCGGACCUCCGCAGAACCACGACAUACCUGACAGGUCACAAUGAGGAGGGGAAAGCAAAAGUGCACUCGGCACGGCCGGCAGCUUGGAAGGCAUUCGACGAGGGAACCAUGGGUUUCAACCAGAUUUACACCAACUCUUUCCCAUCGAACCUCAAUGAUGAUGCCGACGUGAAAUUUCACGAACAGAUAAUUUCAAGCGGGAAUCUGGGACUAGCCACCAGGAACGGCGUUGUGUGCCGGAUGGUAGACUUCGGCCCUCAAUACGAGUGCAUGAUGCAUCGGACUAAGUCCCUGGACUUUGGGAUUAUCGUCGAGGGUGAAGUGGAGAUGAAGUUGGAUGACGGGUCGACGACUCUCAUGAAGCGCGGCGACGUGGCAGUUCAGCGCGCCACGAUGCACGCUUGGCGUAACCCGAGCACGACGAACUGGGCUCGUAUGGUCUUUGUCCUACAGGAUACGAAGCCUCUAUUCGUCAACGGAGAGAAGUUUGGUGAGGAUUAUGGAAGGGGGACUGAAGGAUUGCCGCCUAGUGGGAAUGAUGAGGAGUAAUCUAUGAAGUACUUGUCGGUCGCUAUGAAGUUAGCAAGUCUAACACCUGGUGACUUAUUAUGAAUUAAUAAAUAGUUGACGUUCAUUACAUGAGUACCUAUCGCAUGUCUAUUUUAGGAACUAUAUCGUGUGAUAUGUCUAAUAUUGAACGACGAAUUCAGGGUCCUCAGUUUAAAAGGUUGAAUUAAUUAAGAAAAAUAUUCGAUGUUUGUAGUUAAUAUAGAGU